AUGACAUUACUAGGUUAUGUGUAAAAUAAAAUACCGGUGAAUAUAAAGUAAUAAGUGAAAUUAUAGCUUAAAUGUUGUUUCUCUUUUCAGAGCAACGCAUUUCGCAAUUAUUUUAUCGACAGUUACAAGUCAUUAAAUUAGAACACUAUAAAACAACAUUUCUGCAAUCAUCUAACAAGGAUGGACAAACUAAGAUUUGAAUUCGUAAUAAAAGCAGGUGAAGACCCAAAAUCAAACAUUAUUUGCAUAACUUCAAUUACGAAUUCCAAUGGAAGUACGUUUUCAAUCCCUGAACAACUCCAACCGGCUAAAUUACAUGAUGCAGUGAUUAAAACUCAAGCUUUUCAAAAAGUGCGGAAUACUCUACAAAAGAGACAUGAUAAAAGACAGAUUUGGAUUUCAGUUACGCCAGAAAUAAGUGAUGGGUACCUAGAUGAGGAUGGAAAUAUGCAGUUUAAAAAUUAUUUUUUAGAGGAAACAAGGCAAGAGACAUGUAAACAGACUUCUACAACUAGUAUUUCAGAAGAGGCUUUGACUACAAUUCUAGAAAAUUUCACUGGAAUUAUGAAGGAUAAAUCUAAACCCCAUAACAUUAGAAAGCUGACAGAAAAAUUCAUAAUAGAUAAAUUCACAAUGAAAACCUCAAAUGCAACUCAAUGGAUGAAUAUUUUUGAAACAGAAUGUACUCGUUUAGGAAUAGAAGAAGAUACUAUGAAGAUUGAAGCCCUUCGUUUAUUUUUAGAAGAUGCCUGCCUGGAUUGGUAUAGUUCUAUGCUCAUUAAAUACACUGUGAAUUCGGAUUGGUUUACUUGGAAACAAAAUUUUUGUGAAACAUAUGCGGACAAAGGGUGGUCGCCAAUCAGGUAUGCCAUUCUAUUCAGAUAUAGACAGGGAUCAUUAUUAGAAUAUGCUGUGAAAAAAGAAAGAUUGUUAUUGGAAGUAAACAAAUCAAUUGAUUCUUCAAUUUUAAUUGAUUUGAUUGCUACGGGACUCCCAAAUUUUAUAACUGAUAAAAUUGAAAGAGACAACUUAAAAGAUACAAAAGAUUUAUUUAAUAACAUUAGAAGCUUAGAACACUUGGUAAAUAAAAAGAAUAUAGGUGAUAAGAAAAUUAAAGUUUUUGAAAGCAAAAUUAGAGUAAAAGAUUCAAGUGUAAAACCGUGUAGAAUUUGUGAACAAGAGAACAAAGGUAAUCGGUAUCAUCCCGAAUCAGCAUGCUGGUUUAAAAAUAAAAAUGCUGAGCGACCAAAACAAGAUCAAAUAAGAAAUGUAAAUAAUUCUGAAUUAGAAAUAGAGUUAAAUGAAAUGAAUCCAAAAAACUGCUAAUUCCACCAUUAAUCAAAAUAAAAUUAUUACUAAAUGAUACCUUAGAAAUUACGGGCAUAUAUGAUUCAGGAUCAAACGUGUCUCUAAUAAAUUCGAAAUUGCUAUACUUGAAAAAUAACUCUGAUAGUAAUAAUAAUAACUUUAAUAAUGUGAACUUGAAAACGAUUAAUGGUGUGAAAAAAACCAAAGGGAUGGUAAAAUUAAAGAUAAAAAUUUUUGAUAUUGAAAAAGAGGUGUAUGUUUUUGUGAUAGAUGAUGAAAACUUUGAAUAUGAUUUCUUAAUUGGAUUAGACUGUAUAGAGAAAUUUCAUCUUAUUCAAAAUGAUAAUUUACAAAUUAAACAAAAUAUCACUAAUUACAAAAUAAAAGAUAAUAAAG